GUGCAAACUCGUACGCAAGCGAGCCCCAUAGGACCCACGCAGGGCUGUAAUUAGUUGUCAUUUUGUCAACAGGGGCAACACACACUCGGUCAGAGUGGAAAAAAGACCCGGCUGAGAAACGCUGCCCGCUGCCUUCAGAUGCGCAAAGAAAGGAGGUCGGCUUGACAUCAUGAGCGAUCGGUUCGACUGCAAGAACUGCCACGAGUCCCUCUAUGGACGCAAGUACAUCCAGGUGGAGGACAACCCCCACUGCAUCCCGUGCUAUGACCACCUUUACGCCAAUACGUGCCAGGAAUGUAAAGAAAUAAUCACUCAUAAUGCUAAAGAGCUCUGCUAUAAAGACAGGCACUACCACGAACACUGCUUCCGCUGCAUGCGCUGCACUCGCUCUCUGGCCGACGAGCCCUUCACCAGCCAGGACGACGCUCUGGUGUGCAGCGAGUGCUACAGCAACGAAUUCUCCUCCAAAUGCGUGGUCUGCGACAAGAAGGUGAUGCCUGGAUCCAAAAUGUUGGAGUAUGGUGGCUCCACGUGGCACGAGGACUGCUUCGUGUGUCACGGCUGCAGCAAGCCCAUCGGCGCCGAGGCCUUCAUCCCAGCCGAAAACAAUUACUACUGUGUGCCGUGCUACGAGGGCAGGCUUGCUCCUCGGUGCAGCCACUGCAAUAAGCCUCUGACUAAAGGAGGGGUGACCUACAGGGACGAGGUGUGGCACAAAGAGUGCUUCCUCUGCACGGGCUGCAAAACCACUCUGGCCGGCCAACCUUUCACCUCCGAGGGGGAACGUCCUUACUGUGUCAAGUGCUUCAGCAGCCUCUAUGCCAAAAAAUGCGCUGGCUGCAACACGGCCAUCACAGGGUUCGGCGAUGGCAAAUACGUUUCUUUCGAAGAGCGACAGUGGCACCAGCCCUGCUUCAAGUGCUCCCGGUGCUCCGUGUCGUUGGUCGGUUCCGGCUUCUUUCCGGACCGCGACCAGAUUCUGUGUACGGACUGCAACAAUGAUGACUGAUUGAACCACAAAACCUCCAAAACCUCAGCGGUGCACAUGAACACUGCAAAUGCCCCAGUUAGAUCACUCCUAGCUUAUCCAUCUCCUUGGGCAUGACAUGCAUUUGAUCAUUGAACCCGUCGUUAUAAUGAAUGUCAUGUAUGUCAUCAACUAGUUUAAUUUCAUCCCUUCUGUCAUAUUACUUCUUAGAACACUCAUACGAGACUGAGCUCUUCCCACUAUGCUUCCCAAGAAUAGCGCUCCCAUGCGAACGGACUCUUAUAAUUGCCCCAGUAAACCGUAAAAAUAUUUACAGUUCAGCACCCCUGUUCCGAGCAUGCUUAGAUAAUCAUGACCUCAUGAUGUCGAAAUACCAAGAUGUCGUGUAAAAGCCACCGCUUUAUCUUUCAAGGACUAUAUUUGCAAACUAAUAAAAGCCACCCGAAAAAAAAAAAUGGAAAUCAUGUCAAUGUGAACACAUGACCUCCCCUUAAGUCUGCUUUAUUUCAUCAUUCUCCCAAAUGUGUGGUUGUCACGCGGUGACUUGAGCAUCCUUCCACUUCCUGCUUCUGAGCGCCAUUUUUGACCUUUACUCCAACAAGCCCCGUCAGCCUGACACUGCGCUCGGGUUCUUAUCGACUCCUGAUGAAAAAUAAAUAAUAAAAGGGCCAUGUGGUACA